CACGGUAAACACGGUUCCUUUUUGUUGUCAGUGUGACUGUACACAACAAAUAAGAUGGAAAAAGGAAAGCAACCGGACAAAGAGGAGCUAAACAAGGACCACGAAGAGGAAGAGGGUGGACUGGAUUGGCUCCUUGAAACAAAAAGCUCAGAGUUAUUGCCUAUGGAUAGCAAUGUACUAUCAAGGCAGCAAACUACUAGUGUUGACUCAUGCAGUACCACAUUCACAAGAGACAAAAUAUUUAAAGCAGCAUCCCAAGGAGAUACAGCACAGCUUAAUGACUUGCUUGAAUACCUGCAAUUUAGUAAUAAGCAACUUACAAGCCCAGAUUUUAUAGAUGAAACUAAUGGAAAAACAGCCCUCCUGAAAGCUUUGCUGAACCUGAAAAAUGGCAAAAAUGAUACUAUUAAAGUCUUGCUUGACAUAGCAGAGAAAACUGGGGAUUUAGAAAAGUUGAUCAAUGCAUCUUACAGGGAUCCUUACUACAAAGGUCAGACAGCUCUGCAUGUUGCUAUUGAGAGGAGGAGCAUUGAACUCGUGACACUACUCGUCCAGAAAGGAGCUGAUGUUCAAGCCAAAGCCAAUGGCACAUUUUUCCAGCAAAAUGUAGGGCUGGGUUUUUAUUUUGGGGAGCUCCCUCUGUCACUGGCUGCCUCCACAAACCAGCCAGAGAUUGUGUCCUUUCUCAUGGACAACCCAUACAAAAGAGCUGACCUGACUGAUAGAGACUCACAAGGAAACACUGUGUUGCACACGUUGAUUGUCAUAGCAGAUAAUACGAAAGAAAACACAGAAAUGAUUUCAAGGAUGUAUGAUGAAAUUCUCAUUCGGCACAGCAAACUUGAGACUGAAAAACAUGUCCUGUUGGAGUUGAUUGAAAAUAAUCAAGGUCUGACUCCACUGAAAUUAGCUGCCAAGCUAGGCAAGAUUGGGAUGUUCAAGCACAUGUUGCAUCGGGAAUUCAAGGAUGAAGAGACAAUUCAGCUAUCAAGGAAGUUCACAGAAUGGGUCUACGGGCCUGUUCAUUCAUCUUUGCAUGACAUGAGCUCCAUUGACACAAAUGAAAACAACUCUGUGUUGGAAAUAAUCAUCAAUGGAAGCGAAAUUCCUAAUCGGCCUAAGAUGCUCCAGAUUGAACCUCUACACAGUAUUCUUCAGGAUAAGUGGGAGAGGUUUGCUUCUAAGAUUUUCUUGAUGAAUUUCUUAGUUUAUUUGUUGUACCUCUCCAUCUUCACCACUGUUGCUUUCUACAGAAAGGGUGGACAGCCACCGUUUCCCAUAGAAAAUGUCCCAGCUGACUACUUCCGCUGUGUUGGGGAACUCAUCAGUGUUCUUGGAGCAGCCAGGUUUCUUUAUAAAACGAUAACUAUUUUCCAGAAGAACCCUGCAAAGCUAAAGGCUCUGUUCACAGAUGGAUUCAGUGAAAUUCUGUUCUUCCUUCAGGCAGUUCUUCUUCUGAUCAGUGCAGCUUUGUACUGCUCUGGACGAAGGGAAUACGUUGGGCUGCUUGUACUCUCGCUGGCUCUCGCCUGGAUGAAUGUCCUUUAUUACACAAGAGGAUCUAAGCAGUUGGGCAUAUACAAUGUCAUGAUGCAAAGAAUGAUCCUGGGUGACCUAUUACACUUUUUAUGCGUCUACAGUGUCUUACUUUUUGGAUUUUCUGCUGCUAUUGUUACUCUCAUAGAUGCCUCACCUGCAAUGGCAAACAGCACACUACCACAAAGGAGCUUAGAUGACGAUGAUGUCCAGACAUUUAAGUGCCAGAGUCCAAGUUACAAUGAUGUCCGUUUUACAAUACUGGAACUGUUCAAGUUCACUAUAGGAAUGGGAAAUUUGGAGUUCACUGACCAUGUUCAGUACAAAGAAGUUUUCUACAUCCUGCUCAUCAGCUACAUAGUUCUCACUUACAUCCUGAUGCUCAACAUGCUCAUUGCUUUGAUGGGCAACACUGUUGAAAAGACAUCUGAACAAAGCGAAGCCAUCUGGAACCUGCAGAGGGCCUUUACAAUUUUGGACAUGGAGAGUUCUGUCCCGACAUGGCUAAAGAAUAAGGUGCAUUCAAGAGUGUCAGAGACGGUGUGUUUCAGAAACGAGGAUAAGAGCCGUAGAUUUGUCAGGGUGACUGAAAUGGACUGGAAAAAAUGGAGGUCAGAUCUUGGUGUAAAACUGGAAGAACCUGUUAAUGAAAUGAAGCCAGAGGUCCACACAGCAGCUCCCGCGACUACGUGGAGCCUGAAUGGGCUACUGGGGAGGAUUCGUGCCAAUCGACGCCAACAGCAGUCUAGUAACAUUAUUUAGAGCAGAGUUUAACAUCUGAACUUUUUUUUUUUUUACAGAGAACUUCCUUAUAAUGAUCUGUACUGAGCCGAUUUGUUCCUACUAAUGUUGCUUUACACAGUGAAAUAAACUUGGCUUUGUUCUGCAGUUACUUGUUUAAUAUUUAAUGUCUGUGCUGAAGUCCAAAGUCCAAUAUAGUAUCCAAUAAAAUACCAUGCACCCAACCCCACUAAUCUUAUUGGAGCAUUUAAAAAAACAAAGUCUUGUCUCAUAUUUUCUCAGUAAACUCAAAUUUAAGUCAAGUUGCUAAUAAUGAAAUACAAAUAAGUAUUUGUCUUAACAUCUCAUCUCACAAAGGGGCUUAACUCAUAUUUAACUAUCGUCUAAUUACAAUUUCCUAUACAUUUAAAACUAAUUGACAAUCUGAAUGUACACAACAAAUAAAGGCACUCAUUGACGCUUUGUGUUUG